AUGGUGGUAGCGUCUAAAGACAAAAAAGUUGCAAAUGCAGUUCAGCAACUUCUGGCCUCGAGAAACCUGAGAAUCAAUACAUCAAGUGAUGUUACAGGGAUUGAGAUUGCAGGUGCGCUGAAGAAUGUACUAGCAAUAGCAGCUGGUAUUGUGGAAGGAUUGAAUCUCGGGAACAACUCCAUGGCUGCUCUUGUAGCACAAGGGUGCUCUGAAAUUCGAUGGUUGGCAACAAAGAUGGGUGCAAAGUCAACUACAUUAACGGGGCUUUCAGGGACUGGGGACAUCAUGCUCACGUGUUUUGUGAAUCUUUCAAGAAACAGAACUGUUGGGGUUCGUCUUGGAUCAGGAGAAAAGCUUGAAGACAUACUCGGUUCUAUGAACCAGGUGGCUGAAGGUAUAACAACAGCAGGAGCUGUGAUUGCGCUAGCGCAAAAAUACAAGGUCAAAAUGCCGGUUUUGACAGCAGUUGCCCGGAUUAUUGACAAUGAACUCACUCCAACUAAAGCUGUUUUUGAAUUGAUGAAUCUCCCUCAGGUUGAAGAAGUUUAGAGAUUUGGAUGAGUUGCAGAGAAGAGGAAAGAUCCUCAAAGUCAUAAAAGUUUUUAACUGUAUACAUCAUUGUUUGUUGCUGCAUUGUGCUGCCAAGUAGAGUAGUCCCAUACUUUAAACGUUUUUUUUUUUUUUUUUUUUUUUUUUUUUUUUUGGGUUUGGGGGUGUUCUUUUGCCCUCUUUCACAGCUGGAAAAAGACUUGAAGUUGUAUUUAAUCCUCUCACUCACUUGACAUAUAAGAAAAAUUGGGAAAAUGAAAAGAGUCUUGUAGGGAGGUUUGCUUUUAUUUGUGUUCUAUGAUCCACGGACACUGUUAAUGGCUUGCUAUUAUUUUGUUCUAUUGUUCUAUGAAGCACAAGAUUGUUUUUCUAA